GAGGUGCGUUAGAUCAUUUUGCACAACAUGGACACAGGUAGGCUAAUAUUUAAGUAGCUGAACUUAGUGAAAUUAAUUUACAGAGUAUGGGAUGAAUUGCAAGACGCUGUUUUUGUUGUUUUUGUUGUCGCCUACCAGUGCGCUUCCUAGCCUAUAGUAGCUAGUUUGCUAGUAUUUAAGCAGAAUAACGUUACAUGAGAAAAGCUGCCUUGUUGUCUGCACCGCUCUGCGCUUGAAAGAAGAAGAUGAUGUUUGGCUCAGACAGGUGAGAGAGAUGCAACAUGGGCAGGAAUGGACCAAAGUGUGACUCCAGGGGGCCAAAGAGUCAGCUAUCAUGUCACAAAGCAACCUGCGUCGGCUCCUCCACCCGGAGCUGAGCCCCCGGUGGAGUGUGUGUGAAAGGGGACCCAGCCAGCCUCCAUGGCUCACUUGUCAGACCCGUCCCGCAGGGAGAAAACCCCCGGGACCCAAGGGUCACACACGGCUGCACGCAACCUCUUACGAAAGAAGGAGCAACGCCGACGUGGAAUCCGAUCCUCCUCACCCAUGGGCCGGGUCAUCCUCAUCAACUCUCCUGUGGAUGGUGGAGAUGAGAGUGAGGACCUCCAUACGAUCACAGUGGAUAAGAGUGUGGACGGCAAGCUCGGCUUCAGCGUGCGUGGAGGCUCGGAGCAUGGCCUCAGCAUCUUUGUCAGUAAGGUGGAGGACAACAGUACAGCAGAGGAGGCAGGCCUGUUUGUAGGUGAUAAACUGGUGGAGGUGAACGGUGUCAGCCUGGAGAGCAUAACGAUGAGCAGCGCUGUGAAGGUCCUGACAGGCAACAACAGGCUGAGGAUGGUGGUGAGACGCGUUGGCAAAGUCCCCGGCAUCCGCUACUCCAAGGAGAAGACGACCUGGGUGGACUUGAUACACAGGCGUAUGGUGGUGGAGGAGAGCGGACAGACACCUUCGGAUGCCAGCUCAGGAAGCGCUCUCCAAAGGAUCGUCCACCUUUACACCACCUCAGACGACUACUGCCUGGGCUUCAACAUCAGGGGGGGGAAGGAGUUUGGUCUGGGCAUCUAUGUUUCCAAACUGGAUCCUGGUGGGCUGGCUGAGCAGAAUGGAAUAAAGAUGGGGGACCAGAUCCUGGCUGCCAAUGGAGUGAGCUUUGAGGAUAUCAGCCACAGCAGUGCCGUGGAGGUGCUGAAGAGCCACACGCAUGUCAUGCUGACCAUCAAGGAAGCAGGACGAUACCCCGCUUACAAAGAGAUGGUGGCAGAAUACAGAUGGCUCAAUAAGCUGGCCAAUGGCACUCAGAAAUCUUCCUCCCAGGGUUCAGACUCCAACUCCUCAGCCUCCUCUCUGUCGUCUGGGACUCCUGUCAGCUCUCUGAGCGGCCUGUCGCAGGUCAUGUUCCCUCCCAGCCUGCAUUUUGGUUUAGACAUGGUGGAUGUCUGCAUCUCUACUGAGGACCGGAGGUCUGAGUCAGAGCAAACCGAGACCGCCUCGCAGACGGACCUUCCCUCUCAGAAGACGGGUGCAGAAACCACUCGCAGCCUGGGACGGACCACUCUGCUCAAAGACACGGUGAUCCGUGGAGAGGAGGUCAGGGAGAGUCGAGAGUCCCCCAAGACGUCGGUGCUGCUGGCUCUAAGCAGACCGAGCCGACUAAUCAGCAGAUCCCAGAGCCAAGUCACCGUGGCAGAGAUCAAGCAGGAGAAAGAGAAGAAGCAGAAAGGGAAGCAGCCAGAGGAGAGGAGCACCCUGCAGCGCUCAAAAACCUUCGUCAACUUGCUAUUCAAGGGUGGACGCACUUCCAGGGGCCGCUCCAAGUCGCCAUCCACACACAAGGCUGGCAAAGGGGGACGACAGCUCAGUGCGAUGCCAAAUUCAGAGAUGCUUGGAGUGGUGGAGGACAUGGCCCGCAGGCUGCUGACUGAGGAGGAGGUGGCUGCUGUGAUGGAGACGUGCCGAAGGUACGUGGCAGAGCAGUCAGUGGAGAACUUGAUACGCCACCUGCUGGCCGUGCUGGACAGACCUGAGAAGCUGCUGCUGCUGAGAGAAGUCCGGAUGCUGCUAUCUCCUGCUGACUUGAGUGCAUUUAAUAACAUGGUGACCCCUAUCGAAGUCGAGGCCUACGAUAUCCUCAAGUAUCGCUCAAUCCAAACUCCUCCUCUUCGCUCUCCCACAUCUGGUCGAGUACCCAAACGGCGCCUCAUCACUCCCAUCCCGGAUUACAGGGGAAGAUUUGAGCUCCACAAUGCUGAGGAGGUGGAGAAGGAGAGCCACCUACUGGAUGAGCUGGAGAAGCUCAGCGUGUCUCGGCCCCGGAGGUCCAGGGAGAAGUCCCAUCUCUCCAGGUCCUUCACCCCGCUCCUGGACAUACCAGUGGACGGAUAUAACACAGAGUCCAGAGACCUCAGACCCCCCUCUGCCAGCCCCAUGCUCCCCAACUGGCUGCUGGCAAGCAGCCAAGACUCCCGGCCUCCCAUACGAACAGACAUCGGCACGAUUCGCUCCGUCCACUUUGACGAGGUUUCGCUGCACUCCACUUCUGACAAGGGGGACACGGCCUCAGAGAGAGGAAGGUCCCCGUUUAGAAACGGCCACUCCAAAAGCAAAAAGGAGCAGAGUGGAGACAGGAGUAACGAAACGGUGUUCAUGCUGCAGAGUGCUGCUCGCAGGAGUCGGCCCUUGUUGUCGCAGGUGUUCAGAUCGAGUCCGGAUCAGCGAGCGGCGAGUGAACAGAUGAACGGACAUCAGGCUUCCUCUGAGAACGGACUCAACGGCUCCGAGCCGGAACAGGAGUACGAGCUCAAAACUGUCAGCAUCUCCAAGACCAAACAGUCACUGGGUAUCAGUAUAUCUGGUGGGAUGGAGUCGAGGGUUCAGCCAGUGGUGAAGAUUGAGAAGAUCUUUCCUGGAGGAGCCGCCUCCACCUGUGAAGUGCUCAAGGCUGGGUUUGAGUUGGUGUCUGUGGACAGAGUCUCCCUGCAGGGCGUAACCCAUCAGCAUGCUGUCGACAUCAUCCGAAAAGCCUUCAGCAAUAAGGCCAAAGACCCCAUGGUGUUUGUGGUCAAAGUCCCCAAAACCAUUUUGAAAGGAGACUGACACUCUUAUCAUGAAUUUUGAAAAAUGCUUCUGGGACUAAACACAUGAACUCUAGCCCAAACACACUGAUCUGAGGGCAGGUAUGCAAUGUUGCCAUUCAUGGUAAAGUUAGGAAUAAUUACAUGGACUCUGGUGACUGUUGUGCAACUACGUUGGGAAACAAAAAUGGCCCAAGGCAGCAGAUCAUGGGACUUCCGAAGGAUAAAGCAAAUAAUAUGAGAGAAAUAUUGACACGAAAACACUCAGAGUAAACACAUAAGCAACAAAAGUUGACAGUAAAUACAUUUGUGUCCAAAAAGCCUGAAAUCAUGAAAAAAGAAAUGGUGCUCCUGAUGCCUUAAUAUGUCACUUCAUCACAACCCUGGGGCCAAUGCCUGUCAAAAAAAAUUUCAUGUCAUGUAACAUACAAUCCUCUUUUACAAAAAGUAGUGCAGAAGUGAAUGUUUGUUUGGAAUUUUUAAAAAUGUGCAGGAUGACAAACUGCAACUUGUAAAUGGAGUGCCUUUAAAAGCCCUGUUCAGGCUUCACACGGUCAUAGUCUCGCAUUGCCAGACCUUCCUUCACAGCACUGCGGAGGAGGGUCUGGCGAGUCCAGAAAGCAUUCCGGGAUGGGAAAAAAAACGUGCUCUGGUGUAGUGGCAUUUCUUUAAACCAAUCAAAAUCAUCCUGGGAAGCACUAAACGCCGUACGGAGCAACGGCGCCUCUGCAAAAUAGCCUCAGGAAGGAACUUGUUUUGGUGGAACGUGUGUAUAUUCAGAAGU